AUGGGAGGCUCUGCCUUCGCAUCUGGGGAUAACCCUCUAGACACACCACGAAUGCCCGCCACAGUGUACGAACGAGCCAAGGCCGGAUGUUUCGCUGCAUUGCGGGAGCUGUACCUCUGUGUGGCUAGCCCUAUUGAAGGACCCGAGAAGCAAGACUAUGGAGACAUCGAUAUCCUAGUCGCCUGGGAGAGAGCACCUUUCGUCGGGAAGUGCGGUGGGAAGACAGCACCGAUGUCAACUCCUAGAAGACAAGAAGAACGGGAAGAGGGCGAAGCGUGGUUCGAGAUGGCCAACGACUGUGGCGAGGGACAAGAAAGAACACCCAGUCAUUCUAUCAUGUCCAUGUACGAGGCACGCAAGGCCAUUUUUGCCGCCCUUGAUGCCAAACGCGCAAUCUACAGUCCCGCGGGCGACAACUAUGCCAUCCCAUGGCCGGUGACGGAUACGGAGAUGGAUACAGAUGAACCGAAGCGGUUUAUCCAAGUUGACUUGACCAUCUGCAGUUCACUCCAACAACUGCAAUGGAUUCUUUUCAAGCACGCCCACGGCGAUCUUUGGAGCAUCAUGCAGACCAUUAUCCAGCCACGCGGAUUGACUGUGGACGACUACUCCAUGUCACUCCGGAACAACGACAUUGAAAGAUACGAGAGAUACAGCAAAAAGUGGCCCAAAGUACAUGUCUCGAGGGACCCUGCCGAGGUACUCGUCUUCCUGGGCCUUGAUGUUGAAAGGUUCUCGGAGCCCUUUGCGACUCGAGACGAGAUGUACGAAUACAUUGCAUCCUGUCGGUUCUUUUGCAUCGAGACCAAUUACGGCCGACACAACAAUCCCGACCCAACGAACCCGGAAAUGAUCAUGGAGCCCAAGGGGUCGGAGGACAAGGACAAGGACAAGAUGGGUACCGACGCCGCUGGAGAGCCCGCCACGAAGAAGCUCAAGAGUAAGAAUAAACAGCGCUUGCUCAAGCGGCCCGCCUUCCGCCAAUAUUUUGACGAGUUUCUUCCACGCUGCCGAGCAGAAGGACGGUACGCAGGACGACCGGAUCUAUAUUACUGGGACGUUCACCAACAAGCUUUUGCGAUUUGGGGUAAUUUUCAACCUAUGAUGUCGCGCCAAUGCGUGCACCUCAUACUGAGCCUCGGGGAGGACAGGGUUCGAGCCAAGAUCAAGGAAGUCUGCCAAAGAUUGGUCCCCGGCACCGAUGCUAAGAACAACCAAUACCGUGGCUUGCUGAACAAGGCCUUUAAGAAGAUCAUCAUUGACGGAGACUUAAUGUAUGGUGUAGUACUAGAGGAGAACGAGGAGUUCAGGGACGGCAUGGGUCAGAUGAUUAAGGACCAGCCCGAGAAGUUCAUCCUCAAGCAUCACGAAGAAGUUGGAAAGGCUGCUGUAGCUGAACAUGAGCGGAACUUUGAGGAGCAUAAACGGUUGAAGGAGGAGCAGAAGACCAGCAGCAUUCUCUGA